AUGGCUGUGGAGUACAGCUCUCCUGCACAGUUUUUCCCCCCUCCUCCCCCACCCAGAAUACAGGCAAGAGUUGGUGGAACAAUGCCAGUACUAUGUUCGUAUUUUAUCGAAUUUCAACCCAAGAAUCAUCGUGGUUCAAUGUUGGCAGCCUUAUCUAUGUUCUGGAUCUUUGGGAAUGUGUUGACAGCGGGGAUGGCGUUUCUCAUCAUUCCACACUCAUACCUUGGAUAUUAUUCCGAGAAAUUUCAAUUUGCAAGCUGGAGGCUGUUCGUUGUUGUCUGUACCAUACCAAGUUUUAUGUCUUCAUUUGUCUUUUUUCUGCUUCCGGAAAGUCCAAAGUUUUUACUUGAGAAUGGCCAAGAAACCCAUGCACAUAAUGUCUUGAGAAAAAUGUACAUUAUCAGCAAUAGAAAUAAAAGGAAAGAAGAUUAUCCUGUAAAAUCCUUAUGUCCGUCUCAGCUGGCAAGAAAAACAACCCAACUGGAAGCCGUAGGUCAGAAAAUUGAAUGGACACAAUUAAAACAAAACUUUUCACAUAGUUUUGCUGGUACAAAGAAACUGUUCCAGCCACCAUAUUUGGGUGUGAUAGUAAAUCUCAUGGCGAUAGUAUUUACACUUUCAUUUGGAUAUUAUGGUUUGUGGAUGUGGUUUCCUGAGCUGUUCCUGAGAGUGGAACAGUCUGGCGGCUCUGCUUGUUCACAGCUGCCUCCAGACGUCACUAUCAACAAACAAAAUUCUGAAAUGUCCGUUUAUCGAUCGUCUUUCAUUACGGCUGCGUCUAACAUCCCUGGAAACCUCUUUGCAGUCCUCACAGUGGACAGGUUGGGCAGAAAAGUUUUACUAAGUGGUAGUUUACUGUUAUCUGGCGCCAGUGUGUUCUUCAUAUGGUUUUUAAGUAGUAAAGCUGAAGUGAUUGCAAUGUCUUGUAUAUUUGGUGGUGUUUCUGUCAUAUCAUGGGCAGUACUCAAUGUUAUCAGUCCAGAAGCGUAUCCGACAAAUAUGAG